CCCAGGAACUGCUACGAACUCUACCUUAGAUCUAUAGCCGAAGACAAAAGCCUGUAAGCAGAGUUCCGGACUGUAAGUCUUACUACUCACCAUCAUUUCUGGACACGUUACCGACUAAGAGAUCUAUCACCGUCCCUAAGGUAGAGCUGAGCCCCGUUUCUGGAAAGCAUUUAUGGAAUUAAAGAUGGAGGUCGGAAAAGAGUGUUUUCCUAAACAAAGGCAAGUCCUGAUUCUCUUUCUCAUGUUGGGAGUGGCUCUGGCAGGCUGGAAAUCCCGACGCUAUUCCGUGAUGGAGGAAACAGAGAGUGGUUCGUUUGUGGCCAAUCUGGCCAAGGACCUGGGGCUAGGAGUUGGGGAGCUAGCCGCGCGGGGAGCCCGGGUGGUCUCUGAGGAUAACGAACCCCGCUUGCAGCUUGAUCUGCAUACCGGGGAAUUGAUACUGCAUGAGAAACUGGAUCGGGAGGAGAUGUGCGGCCCCACAGAUCCAUGUGUAAUGCAUUUCCAAGUGUUACUGAAAAAACCACUGGGAGUAUUUCGAGCUGAACUACUGGUGAGAGACAUAAAUGAUCAUUCUCCUGAGUUUCCUGAAAGAGAAAUGACUCUGAAAAUCUCAGAGACUAGCCCUCCUGGAACCGUGUUUCCACUGAAAAAAGCCCAGGACUUGGACGUGGGCAACAACAACAUCCAAAAUUACAGUAUCAGUUCCAACCCUCAUUUCCAUAUUUCUACCCGCACCCGGGGGGAUGGCAGGAAAUACCCAGAGCUGGUACUGGACAAAGAGCUGGAUCGCGAAAAGCAGGCCGAACUCAGCUUAACCCUCACAGCGCUGGAUGGCGGCUCUCCACCCCGGUCUGGCACCGCCCAGGUUCGCAUCUUGGUCUUAGACGUCAAUGACAAUGCCCCUGAGUUUGCACAGACACUCUACCAGGUGCAAGUUCCAGAGAACAGCCCUGUAGGCACGCUAGUAGUCAAGGUCUCUGCUAGAGAUUUAGACACUGGGACAAAUGGGGAAAUAUCAUACUCCUAUUUUUAUAGUUCCCAAGAAAUAAGCGCAACUUUUGAGCUAAACAACCUUUCAGGAGAAGUUCGCCUACUUAAAAAAUUAGAUUUUGAGACAAUAUCUUCAUAUGAGCUGGAAAUAGAUGCGACUGAUGGUGGGGGGCUUUCUGGAAGAUGUUCUGUCUCCAUUGAGGUGGUGGAUGUUAACGAUAACUUCCCAGAACUAACGAUUUCAUCACUCACCAGCCCCAUUCCUGAAAAUUCUCCAGAGACAGAAGUGGCCUUGUUUAGAAUUCGAGACCGAGACUCGGGGGACAACGGAAGGAUGACUUGUUCCAUCCAGGAAGAUCUUCCCUUCGUCCUGAAGCCAUCAGAAGAGAAUUUCUACACCCUGGUAACAAAUGGGGCGUUAGACAGAGAGACAAGAUCCGAGUACAACAUCACCAUCACCGUCACCGACUUGGGGACCCCCAGGCUGAAAACGCAGCACAACAUAACCGUGACGGUCUCCGACGUCAACGACAACGCCCCCGCCUUCAGCCAAACCACCUACACCCUGCGCGUCCGCGAGAACAACAGCCCCGCCCUGCACAUCGGCAGCGUGAGCGCCACGGACAGGGACUCGGGCGCCAACGCCCAGGUCACCUACUCGCUGCUGCCGCCCGCGGACCCGCAGCUGCCCCUGGCCUCCCUGGUGUCCAUCAACGCGGACAACGGGCAGCUGUUCGCGCUCAGGUCCCUGGAUUACGAGGCGCUGCAGGCGUUCGAGUUCGGCGUGCGCGCGGCCGACCGCGGCUCGCCCGCGCUCAGCAGCCAGGCGCGGGUGCGCGUGCUGGUGCUGGACGACAACGACAACGCGCCCUUCGUGCUGUACCCGCCGCAGAACGGCUCUGCGCCCUGCACCGAGCUGGUGCCCAGGGCGGCCGAGGCGGGCUACCUGGUGACCAAGGUGGUGGCGGUGGACGGCGACUCGGGCCAGAACGCCUGGCUGUCGUACCAGCUGCUCAAGGCCACGGAGCCCGGGCUGUUCGGCGUGUGGGCGCACAACGGCGAGGUGCGCACGGCCCGGCUGCUGAGCGAGCGCGACGCCGUCAAGCACAGGCUGGUGGUGCUGGUCAGGGACAAUGGCGAGCCGCCGCGCUCGGCCAGCGUCACGCUGCACGUGCUGCUGGUGGACGGCUUCUCGCAGCCCUACCUGCCGCUCCCGGAGGUGGCGGCGGCCGAGGCGCGGGCCGACCCGCUCACCGUCUACUUGGUCGUCGCCUUGGCGUCCGUGUCGUCGCUCUUCCUGUUCUCGGUGCUGGUGUUCGUGGCGGUGCGGCUGUGCAGGCGGAGCCGGGCGGCGUCUGCGGGUCGCUGUUCGGGGCCCGAGGGCCACUUUCCGGGCCACCUGGUGGACGUCAGCGGCGCGGGGACGCUGUCCCAGAGCUACCAGUACGAGGUGUGUCUGACGGGAGACUCGGGGACCAAUGAGUUCAAGUUCUUGAAGCCCUUCUUCCCCAGUAUUCUAAACCAGGACCUUGGGAGGAAGUCAGAGGGAAAUCCAACGUUCCAGAAUAGUUUAGGUAUCUGAAAGUUUCCUGUUUGCUUUUACAUUAGCUUUGUCUCCUUCACCUUUCUGUUUAUUUUUUAAUCCAGUAGUAAUUUUAAUUCUACUACCCCCCCCCCAUUUUCCAUAGUAAAUUUACUUUGCUUUGUUGGCUUGGUUGUCUUAUGAUUAUUUUUACAAUUAUUGUAUAAUCAGCAAAUAUUUUAUAUCAGGAAAUUCACAUUUCUGAUUAAAAUUUUCAUACUCAUUCCUAAAGGAUAAUAUGAAAAUUAACCUCUUAGAAUAAACAAUUCUCAUUUUGAAAGUAUUUUACUGACUAUAUGAUAUUACAUAAGAAUGUCUGAUUCCUUUUAACAUACUUCGUUUUUAAAUUACUGGAAUCCUUUUAGUUUCUAUUAGUAACACAGCUACAACUUUUGUAUAACCCCUUGUGAGUUUUGGGUGAAAUCAGUUUGUAUAUACUAAUGUCUAGUUUCUUCUGAGUUCUGUUUGGAUUUUUCUUUUACUAAUAGGCAUCAAUGUAUAUAUUUUCAUGCUAUUUAUUUUUUAAAAAAUCACACUUGUAAUCAUUAGAUUUUCGCUCUGAAAUAUAUAUGUCACCUCAUGAAAGUAUAUCUUUAUUAUGAUUUUUUUCUCAUAUUAAUUAAUGUUGAAAAGACUUAUGGGUUGUCACUUACAUGUAACUUAAAUUACAGUCCUGUUAAGAGUCCUGGGCAGAUUUGCUGAUACCCAGAUUGACUGUGUUGAGGACGUUCCUAGAUACUCUAAAGACUCUAGUAUCGAGUAAUACAUUGCUUACAGUUGUCCCCUGGGAUUGCAGAGUAAUUCUCAAAUGAGUUCCAAAUUCUAGGCCUAGUGGAGCUUUUGAUGAUACAAUAUGCCAGUAUCUACUUGCCUUUGGAUGAUGACAUUGUGCUUAUUGUUAAGGGAUUUGAAAGAAAAUACAUUGUAUAUUACUAUUAGUUAGCCAAAGAAAAUUUAUCUCAACCUUCAGGAGCCUCUUAAUUUUGGAAAUGCUAUAAAAUGGUGUGCGUAGGAAGAAUAAUGGCCCCCUAAAGACAUCUGCAUCCUAAUUCCCGGAACCUGUGAAGAUGUUAUGCUAUACUGUGAAGAGGAAUUAGGUUCAGAUGGAAUUAAGGUUGCUAAUUAGCUAACUUUAAAAUAGGGAGAAUAUCCCAGAUGUUCUGUGUAGGAGUGAUUUAUAAGUCAGAAGGCUUUAAGAACACAUCUGAGUUUUCCCCAGAUGAGGAAGAAAUUUUGUCUGUGGGCAGUGGCUUCAGCUUGUGCUCCAGAGUUUCAGCCAGCCCUGUAAUUGCCUACCCUACAGAUAAUGGACUUGCCUAGCCAGCUCUCACAAUUGAGUAAGUCACUUCCUUGCAACAAAUCUUUCAUUUUGUAUCUCCUAAUGGUUCUGUUUCUGCAGUUGAACACUGAAUGCCACAGGUUUUGUUACCUGGGAGUGGAAUGCUGUUGUAACAACUAAAAUCAUGAAAGUUGUUUUGGAACUGGAAGGAAGGCAGAGGCUGGAAGGAUUUUGAAAAGCAUGAUGGAAAAAGUCUAGAUUGUUUUGGACAGACUGUUAGUAGAAAUAUGGAUGUUAACAAUUCUGCUAUCAAAGUCUCAGGAGGAAAUGAGCAUGGUGGAGAAAAUAUACGUUGCCUUACGGAAUACCUAAAUCCUUGUAAAGAGAAUGCUGGUAGAAAUAUGGAUGUUAAAGUCACUGAUAAUGAGGGCUCAGAAAGAAAUGAGGUGAAGAAGGUGAUAUUGGAAAGUAAAGAGAAUCCUUGUUAUAUAGUAGCAGAAAACUAGGCUGAGUUGUGUCCUGCAGUUUUACCGAAGGACUUGUAAAUAAUCAGCUUGGUUAUUUAACUGAGGAGAUUUCCAGGCAAGGAGUUGGAGGCACAACCUCAUUUCUUCUUGAUGCUUAUAAUAAAAUAUGAGAGUAAUGAGACAGAUGGAGGGAAGAACUGUUAAGCAAAAAGGGACUAGAAUUUGGUCAUGUGGGAAAUUCUCAGCCUAUUCAAAUGGCAAAAGGGGCUCAAAAAGGAAAGUCACUAUUAGGAAAGCAUGCUUUAGAGAGAAAGCCAAGGGUGUCACAGGACAACCUUUUGAUAGUGCUUUGGAAGAAUUAAUAGGUAAGAGUAUUCAGUCAUGCAGCAGGUUCUUUAAAGAGAUUAGGCAUGUGUUUCAUGGAAAUCCCAAACAUCUCAGCCCAAGUCAGGAAUAGAGAUGAGAUUACCCAGGAAAGAACUCUGAAGCAGCCCUUUGUAUAGGAGAGAAAAUCCCUGUGACAUACACAAGGGACUCAAAAGGUUCUUGAGAAUGUUAUACCGGCAGAAAUAUUACCAGCAUAAGUUGGAAGACACAGAGAGAAUGAUUGAAAAGAAACCUGUUGUACUUCACAAUUAUAUAAGCAAGAAAAGACUGAAAAAACUACUUAGCUAAAACAUGUACUACCCUCUCAUGCAAAAGAUGGCUCAUAAGACAGAGCUGGAGCCUGGAGGGUGGAGCUCCAAACCCAGGCCUUGAAAACAAAUAGAGUUUUCCUGCAUGGAUUUCUACAUUUCUUGGAACAUAUGACUGCUUUCAUUUUCUUUUUUUUUGAACUGGAAUAACUAUUGUUACAUAUGCCCUCUUGUCAUUAUACAGUUUGAAGAACAGAUAAUUAGUUUUACUGGUCCACAGAUGGAGAGGAAUUAUGCUCAGGAUAGGUAAUUAGAGUCUCAACCAUACCUAAUUUAGAUGAUGUCACUGGUGAAAUUUGGAAGUUUUGAGUUGAUGAGAUUUAGAUGAAAUUAUGGACUGAGUUGAUACUAUAAUGAGAUGAAAUCUUUGGGGACCUUGAAUAUAUAUUUUUUUAAUGUGGAAUGAAUGUGGAUCUUUGGGGGGAGCAGAGAAUGGAGUGUGGUAAGAAGGAUAAUGGCCCCACAAAGUAAUUUCUGGAACCGUGAGUAUCAAGUUUGUUAAGUGGCAAAAAGGAAUUAAAGUUGCUGAUAGAAUUAAAGUUGCUGAUAGAAUUAAAGUUGAUAAUCAGCUGACCUUAAACUAGAUUACCCUAGACAAUCCAGGUGAAUCCAAUGCAAUCACAAGAGCCCUUAAUAAGAGUCAUUAUCAGAGAGAUGUUUUAGGAAAGACUCGGCCAGCCUUUGGUGAGUUUGAAGAUGGAAGGGACCCUCCAGUGAAGGACUUCAGGGAGGCACUAGAAGCUAGAUAAGGCAAAAAUAUAUUCUCCCUUAGAGCCUACAGAAAGGGAUGCAGCCCUACCUUAAAUAUAGCCUGGUGAGACCCAUUUUAGACUUCUGACUUCUAGAAAGAACUGUAAAAUAUUAAACUUGAGUUUUUAAGUCACAAUUUUUUUGUAAUUUGUUACAGCAACAAUAGGAAGCAGAGAGAAGUGACUACUAAAAAGCCAUUUCUGAACCCAUUUUUCUUUGCCUUCCCCUAUUCUAGGCCAAAAUAUUCAUGUUCCCAUGAUCUCUUGCAGGUAGGAAUAUAGUAUUCAGCUGUUGUUAAUGAUUUGAAAGUGCUUUUGGGGAAUUUUGC